AUGGCUACCGCUCAGAUUACAGUCAGCCACCCACUGACUACUCCCAAUGUCUACCAGCCAAGUGCAACAGAAUGCCCCAUUAUUUCUCUCCUGGGACCGAACUCUAUGGCGGCCAGCGUCAGGCUAGACGUUAGCGCACCAUUCUCCGCCAUCCGUACCCUCUUCGAUCACCUAUACACUCAUGCAGAUGAUGCUGCCAAGCUCAAUGCAAUCUACCCCCGUCGCGGCAUCCUUAAGACAGCUGCAACUAUUAAGGCCUCCUCAGACCAGAAAUUCACAAUCGACCUCUCUCCAAAGCGUGUCGCUCUGAUCCCAGCCUCUCUGCAGCAGUCGCUAGCUGGACACGGUCUCAAGGACAUUCUUGAUUUCUUCAACACGCUCAGCACGGAAUAUGUUCCAUCGAUACUCUCCUCUCUCAGUAUCAUCGCUGGCGCCGAUCUUACAGCCGUACACAGUACUUACAACAUGAACUUCCGUCUUUGCGACUAUAACCCCGUCACCGCUGCCUCUGGAUCCUUAAAUGGAUGCGGCGCCCACACAGACUACGGCACCUUCACUAUAAUCUUCCAAGACGGUACCCCUGGCCUUGAACUCGAGGAUGCAGAUGCACCUAGUUCGUGGGUCCCUGCUCCGGGCGAUGCCACUGUAAUCCUGACUGGCUGGUGCGCGGUCAUUCUUAGUGGUGGGCGGAUUACUGCAGCUAGACACCGGGUUAGACGUACACCGGGCGUGCGUCGAUUGAGCGCGGUUUUGUUUCUUGCGCCUGACUUGAAUGUGACGCUCAGGCCUCUGGGUGGGAUUAAGCCGACACAGCCUUUUUCUGAGACUAUAAUGCGUGGGGAGAUCGAUACCAAGGUCUUCAAGGAGGUGAUGGGAAAGAGAUGGAGAUAUAGGGAGGGGAACGAGGAAAUGGAGGGCCACGAAGUUGGAACUCAGGAUGAUGAAAUUGCGAAGCUCAUUUGGGCAUGA